CCUUGGCCGCCUCUCCGGCGCGGAGGGGCGCGCUGUGUCGCGCGCCGGCUUCUGAGCUCCUUUCUUAUUAUUUGUCGUUUAAACUCUUGCUUAGCAGAUUGCGCUUGAUGAGCUCAUGAUGCCGCGCGCCCCCGCCCCGAGCGGGCAGGGGGACGUGAGGCGGGCGGGCGCGGGGAGCCGCGGGGGUUACACGCCGCGCUAGCGCUGCCGCCGUGCCCGGGAGCCGGCGGGAGGAGGCGCUCUGCCGGGCCGACGCUGUUCAUUGGAGCUGGGUUGUGGGGUUUUUAGUUGUUUUUUUAAAUAUUUUUCAAUUUUCCUGUACCUUCGCCCCGGCCGUGCAUUGAGCUGUUCGCCGCUCCGUGCGCAGGUGGGUCCAUGAGCUCCCCCGGGAGCGGCGCCGCCGCCGCGCAGCGCCGCGCCGGGGCGGGGGGGGCGGCCGCCAGCUUCGCUGCUGCCGCGGGGGGCGGCCCCGCCCGGGCGCGGGGCGGGCGGCUGUGAGGCGGGCGGGCGAAGUUUCUCCGCGGCGCCGGGCCCCUCCGAAGGACAGUAGGGAGGGAGGGAAGGACCUGGUCCCGCGGUGCUGGGAUAGCUGCUGCUGCUGGCGCUGUCACCAGAGCAGCCCGGUUUUGGCCAUGAAGAGGAAACAGAAGAGGGUUCUGCAAAUGACGCUGCUUUUCACCGCGGCUCUGAUUUUCCUGCCCGACAUUGGCCUCUGGUCUCUCUACAAAGAGAAGCACCUGGUGAAGCCCGCCGAGCCUGCCGAGCCGCAGACACUUCCAUUGGGGCUGGGAGACAGACAGUUCUUUACCUGGACUGAUGGCUUGAAAAGGAAGGACUGGCAUGAUUAUGAAAGCAUUCAAAAAGAUGCUAUGCGUUCAGGGAAAGGUGAACAUGGAAAGCCGUACCCUCUUACUGAGGAAGACCAUGAUGAUUCUGCUUAUAGGGAAAAUGGCUUCAAUAUAUUUGUUAGCAACAACAUAGCACUGGAGCGAUCCCUGCCAGACAUCCGACAUCCAAACUGUAAGCACAAGGUGUACUUGGAAAAACUACCCAAUACAAGCAUAAUUAUCCCAUUUCAUAAUGAAGGCUGGACUUCACUCUUGCGAACAAUACACAGUAUUAUCAACCGCACUCCAGACAGCUUGAUAGCAGAAAUUAUUCUUGUAGAUGACUUCAGUGACAGAGAACAUUUAAAAGAGAAGCUGGAGGAAUACAUGGUCCGUUUUGCCAAAGUGAGGAUUGUACGUACCAAGAAACGAGAAGGGCUCAUUCGGACCAGACUGCUAGGAGCUUCGCUGGCUAGAGGAGAAGUCUUGACAUUUCUGGAUUCCCAUUGUGAAGUCAACGUGAAUUGGCUGCCUCCCUUGCUUAACCAGAUUGCACUAAACCACAAAACCAUCGUGUGUCCUAUGAUCGAUGUCAUUGACCACAAUCACUUUGGCUACGAGGCACAGGCGGGGGAUGCCAUGCGAGGAGCUUUUGACUGGGAAAUGUACUACAAAAGAAUACCAAUUCCUCCAGAGCUCCAGAGGGCUGAUCCCAGCGACCCCUUUGAGUCUCCUGUGAUGGCUGGAGGUCUAUUUGCUGUUAACCGGCAGUGGUUUUGGGAGCUGGGAGGCUAUGACCCAGGAUUAGAAAUAUGGGGAGGAGAGCAGUAUGAAAUCUCCUUUAAGGUGUGGAUGUGCGGAGGGGGCAUGUUUGAUGUUCCAUGCUCUCGAGUUGGGCAUAUCUAUAGGAAGUACGUCCCGUAUAAAGUUCCAUCUGGGACAAGCCUAGCACGGAACCUGAAGCGCGUGGCAGAGACAUGGAUGGAUGAGUUUGCAGAGUACAUUUACCAGCGACGGCCUGAAUACAGACAUCUUUCAACUGGUGAUAUUUCUGCCCAGAAGGAACUUCGCAAGCACCUUAAAUGUAAAGAUUUCAAGUGGUUCAUGGCUGCAGUGGCUUGGGAUGUCCCCAAAUAUUACCCCCCUGUGGAGCCUCCACCUGCUGCCUGGGGAGAGAUCCGAAAUGUGGCAGCCAACCUCUGUGUGGACAGUAAACACGGAGCCACGGGGACUGAGCUGAGGCUGGACAUCUGCGUGAAGGACGGCUCGGAACGGACAUGGUCACACGAACAGCUCUUCACCUUUGGUUGGAGAGAAGACAUCCGCCCCGGGGAGCCACUUCACACCAGGAAGUUCUGCUUCGAUGCCAUUUCCCACAGCAGCCCUGUCACGCUGUACGACUGUCAUGGGAUGAAGGGAAACCAGCACUGGAGCUAUAGGAAGGACAAAACUUUGUUCCAUCCAGUAAGCGGCAGCUGCAUAGAUUGCAACCCAGCCGAGAAGAAGAUUUUCAUGAACAGAUGUGAUCCUUUAUCUGAAACUCAACAGUGGAUUUUUGAACAUACUAAUAUGACUGUUUUAGAAAAAUUUAACAGCAAGGCCAGUUCCUAGAAAGAAAAAAAAAAAUUAACACACCCAAUUACAUACAGACUGCAGAACACAUUUUGGUCAGCAUCUGGGUCGAAGGAGUCAGGAAUUAAAUUUCCUAGAUCCAGGAAUUCUGUUCUGAGGAUUAAGAAAAUGCCACAGCAAGAGCCAGCAGGCUGUCCUUGUGGAUGUACAGCAUCUGAAGAAUUUGGCCAAGAGCCUCACCGAAUGUUGCUGAGAACUUCAGGCUGAAAAUUCCCUUGCCGGUCAAGGGAAAAAAAAAAACAUGUUUAAAAACUGUUUAAAAAGUACUCUAAGUUAAUAAAGAAAAACAAAACUCUAGAGUUUCUCAGGUCAAAUCCUGCUGUAGUGAGUAGCUCAGAACAGACACUAUAAUUUGGGAUGGGUAUAUGGUGUGCAUGAUGGCUACAGGAACCUGAAGAAAUCCCAGGUUUAAGAACUAAACAUGCUGGUAGAAGAAUAAUGAUGUCCCAGCACUCCCUAGACAAGAUAUAUGCUCUGUUGACAUUCUUUUAAUAAAAGGUUGGGUUAAGCAGGUUUAACCCUCAGAACUGCUGCAAUUAAUUUUAAAUACCUCCCUUUUGCAUUCCAUUCAUUACCGAAGUAGAAAUGGUAGAAAUCUUAGGGUCUAGAAUUACACUGUAGUGAAGCAUGAAAUAAACUGUAAGGUUUUGCUCUCACAUUUCCCCCCUUCAGGAAAAAAAGAAAAGCAAUCAAAUUUCUAUAUCUGAUAUAUAUUUAGUAAUUGUGAUUCAAAUCCCAUUGUCACACAAGGUGAGAUUUCUUUUUUCAGUGACAAAUAUAAUAGCGGCAGCUGCAGCAUAAUGUAGGGCUUGUGGACUAGCUAUCUUUUCUAAAGGUAGAAUCCUUACCAAAGUAUAAAUUAAAUGUAGGCUGGAGAGAAAAAAAAAAUCAGGAGAGUAGGAAAUAAUUGCAUACUGCACGCUGAACUAGGUUAGUCAAAUUAACGUACACUGUCAUCACCUAAAAGUGUGUUGACUCCCUGCAGUGCAGCUUAAAAGAUCUUGCAGUGCUCUUGACAGAUAAGAGUGGAGAGAAAAAUUGACAUGAAAAUAGUUGGGUGGUUUUGAAGUUUUUGAAAUCUGUGAUGGAAAUCACUAGAACUUUCCAAAAUUAGCAAGUGAAUGGCAUUGUAGAUCUCGUGACAGACGAAACAAGAAGUGCAAACAAGUUAAAUAUUACAAUAUUUUGGUACUUUAGGCACAGGCACAAUUCGUGCUAAUGAUUGUUGCAACCCAUGGUGUCCCUCAGACCCAUCAUGCUGCUGUCAUGAGAGGCCUCUCAAACUUGUUCAGGGGGCCUAUGGUUCUUCUUAGCAGAAAUCAGUUAAUACUCGUGUGGAACAGAACCUACCGUUUUGAGAUUUUUUUCAAGGUAAGAGCAAGUAGAAGUUUGUAUCAAGUAAACAUGUGGCCUGCUUUUAAUUGAAAGAUGAAUUGACAGAUGAAAGCACCAUAGAUGCAGAUAGAUCAUAUCCUCUAAGCAGUGGCUGUAACAGUACUUUCAGGUUCCCAAAAUAUCAUAUGUAAUUAAGUUGCUUAUUCUGAUUGCUGGAGAGGUGGCUGACUAACCAAAAUCAUGAUGUGCAAUCUACCCUGUUUUGAGGGAGUAGGGUGGCUGUGUUUUGUUUAUUCCUCCUUAGGCUGUGUUUAUGCACAAAGAGCAUUGAUUGCAUCCAGAGGAUGGUUCUAGUACCCGUAACUAUGUGCUGUUUUAUGGCAGAACCUUGUAGUUGUAGAUUAAGAUCUAAAAUUGUAAGGUCAUAGGAACUUUUUAGGAGGGAAAUAAGAUCCUGUAGCAUUCAGAAUGCAUGCACUUGGAAAAUUGUGAAAUGCAUCCGUACAUUGAAAAAUUGCUGCAAGUUAGUAAAGAGAUCUUUCAAAUAAUCUGAAAGAAUUGUAACAGUAGAGUUAGGCUUCUCCUUCUAUGGUAUUAAAUUAAGUGAGCUGGUUUAGGUAUUGUUUAAAUUUAAUUUGAAGAUAUGGUGCGCUCAGGAACAGAUGCAGUAAGGCUACUGCAUGAGGAUACUUCAGAUUUUUUUAGCUGCCAGUACAUAGAACCAGAGCAGGCACUGCAGACUGUCAGCCUUCCCAGGUGCAGUGCUUGUAGCAUCAUUUAUUUGCAGCCUGAACAUGAGGAAAGAGGAUUUGAAAAAAAGAAGAAAAUGGCUGCCUAAAAUGUAAAUGCAGCCCUCAAGAUGCUGAUUGUAAGUGGCCCCCAACUGUCAAAGUCCUGGAAGCAACACUGCACGCCCAAACUAGAGGCAAAGGAGAACUGCUAAACUAGCUAAGCAUUUUAUGUUAUGCACAUAUUGGUAGGGUUAUAUCCUUCAGUGUUUGACUGCAUCUCAGUGGUCUCAUUUUGCAAUGGCUAAUGGGAAGCAGGCUGCUGUUAAGGCAAAGAACUUCUAUGCCUUUUAUAUCCCUCAUUGUGAAAUGCUGUACAGCAUCUUACACUGCCAAGGGAAACCUCCUUAUUCAUAGCUGGACACUAAUUGUAAGAUCUAGCAGUCCUUGUCAGAAAACAAUCCACAUAACUAAUAUUCAGAUGUUCUAGGAAAAAAUACAAUCUACCUAAUGUUUUUAGGUUUUCACAGUAUCACAGUAUGUUUGGGAUUGGAAGGGACCUCAAAAGAUCAUCUAGUCCAAUCCCCCUGCUGGAGCAGGAACGCCUAGGUGAGGUCGCACAGGAACAUGUCCAGGCGGGUUUUGAAUGUCUCCAGAGAAGAAGACUCCACAACCUCCCUGGGCAGCCUGUUCCAGUGCUCUGUCACCCUCACUGAGAAGAAGUUUUUUCUCAAAUUUAAGCGGAACCUCUUGUGUUCCAGCUUGAUCCCAUUACCCCUUGUCCUAUCAUUGUUUGCCACUGAGAAGAGCCUGGCUCCAUCCUCAUGGCACUCACCCUUUAUAUAUUUAUAAACAUUAAUGAGGUCCCCCCUUAGUCUCCUCUUCUCCAAACUGAAGAGACCCAGCUCCCUCAGCCUUUCUUCAUAAGGGAGGUGCUCCACUCUCUUAAUCAUCUUCGUUGCCCUACGCUGGACCCUCUCCAGCAGUUCCCUGUCCUUCUUGAACUGAGGGGCCCAGAACUGGACACAAUAUUCCAGAUGUGGUCUCACCAGAGCAGAGUAGAGGGGAAGGAGGACCUCUCGAUCUACUAACCACCCCCCUUGUAAUACACCCCAGGAUGCCAUUGGCCUUCCUGGCCACAAGGGCACAGUGCUGGCUUAUGAUCAUCCUGUUGUCCACCAGGACCCCCAGGUCCCUUUCCUCUACACUGCUCUCUAAUAUGUAGUCUCCCAACCUAUACUGGAACCUGGGGUUGUUCCUGCCCAGAUGCAGGACUCUACACUUUCCCUUGUUAAAUUUCAUUAGGUUAUUCCCCGCCCAACUCUCCAGCCUGUCCAGGUCCCGCUGGAUGGCAGCACAGCCUUCUGGCGUGUCAGCCACACCUCCCAGCUUAGUGUCAUCAGCAAACUUGCUGAUAGUACACUCAAUUCCCUCGUCCAAAUCGUUAAUGAAUAUAUUGAAUAAUAUUGGCCCCAGUACUGACCCCUGAGGUACUCCACUAGAUACUGGCCUCCAGCUAGACUCCGCACCAUUGACUACCACUCUCUGGCUUCUCUCCUUAAGCCAGUUUGCAACCCACCUCACUACUCUAUUGUCUAGACCACACCUCCUCAACUUAGCUGUGAGGAUGCUGUGGGAGACUGUGUCAAAGGCUUUGCUGAAGUCAAGGUAGACCACAUCCACCGCUCUGCCAUCAUCCAUCCACCUUGUUACAUUCUCAUAAAAGGCUAUGAGGUUGGUCAAGCAUGACUUACCCUUGGUAAAGCCAUGCUGACUGCCCCUAAUAACCCUCUUAUCCUUGAUAUGCCUUGAGAUGGCACCAAGGAUAAGCUGUUCCAUUACUUUCCCAGGGACAGAGGUGAGGCUGACCGGUCUAUAAUUACCCGGGUCCUCCUUCUUGCCCUUUUUGAAGACUGGAGUGGCAUUUGCUUUCCUCCAAUCCUCAGGCACCUCCCCCGUUUCCCAAGACUUGGCAAAGAUGAUGGAGAGCGUUUUAUAGGUAAAACAUAGGAAAAAUGUAUUCUAGUUUGUUGUGGGUCAACAGUGAGCAACUGUUGGAUCAAUCUGGAAAUAUAAAGGUUAAAUGAAAGUCCAUAUCUUGAGGAAAGUUUAAUAAGAACUUGCCAGAAUGCAGCAUAGAAAUACACACGUAUGCAUAUCUGUGUGUGUGUACAUAUGUACAUGUGACCAGUGGAAAGAGGUAGAUGGAGGAGAGAGGUUUGUUUUCACUGAAUGGACUGAUCUUACAAAUAUUUAGUAUAACCAGAACUGCACAGAAAAAAAAAAUAGGACACAUUAGACUGAUGGUGAAGAUUAUUAUCUCACUGUUUUCAGCUUAAGCAAUUUUAUCUUUUUUUAAAAACUGAGACAAAAAGCUACCAUGCAACUUCCCCACAGCCAACUGCAGUCCUGCUACUAUGGAUAUAGGGUGGCCCUAGGGACAGUGUAGUUCAGAGCUCUGCACCUGUAGUGUUUGAGAUGAUGGAUUCACAAAAUGGUUUUGACUUGCUAAGCACAGGACUCCUUCAACAGAAAGUUUCAUUAAUAAUAAAUGAUCAUCCCUACCUCUAAAUUGAAUUCUGUCUUGGGUGUUCUCCAAAGCUUUCCACUGAUAACAGUAUUCCAUGACUAAUUUAACAUUUGAAACUUCUUUAAGUCUUCCUACAACCAUAUCUUUUCCAGCCAAGAAACACCUGAAAAACUUGGUAGGAUGGACAGGUGGAGCUUCCUCUUAUAUUUCACCAGGAGCACUUAGCUUGAAUAUACAUUUCUCUAAAAGGCUAUGAAGUUUCCUCACAGAUUUUUUUUUUUUUUAAAUACCAGGUAGUUCUGAACAUAUUUUGAAUCUAGUACACAGGUAGCAUUAACAGAUGUGGACUUAUCAUUUCAGUGGAGCUAUGUUAAUGUGUCCCAACUGAUGACUUGCUUCAGGUUUUUCCAAUUAGUUAUUUUAUGGCUCAGUGGGCUUUAAUCAGCAUGCCUGAAAACGAGAUUUUUGUAUCUUAAGAGAGUUUAUCAGCACCUACCCUAAACCUAUUCCAUUUAAGGUUGUCUGACUCUUCUUAGUGACCAGCAAACUACUGCCACAGGAGGGAGCAUCUGGAAAACCCGGAAUCAACACCUAGUGCAAUUAAAACACUAAAAUCGUAUGAGUUUCCCUGCAUAUAUUCCAAAAUCUAAACUAAAGAGAAGACCUGGGGGAGAGGUCUUAAAGGAGGGAGGGGAAGCUGGGAAACAAAGCAUUUCACAUGUGAAAGGAACAGCCUUGUUGCAGAGGCAUGGCAAGGCUUCACUUUUCAUUGGGCACAGUCUUAUUUCAGAAAAAUGAGAUUGCUUUAGAACAAAUGUUUCUGCAACAUUAUGGAUAUUUUAAUGCAUACUUCCUGGGUGUUAUCAGUUUAUGAAUAAAUGGUCUGUAGCUGCUGAACCUAGGUCUUCUUUGUGAUAAAGUUAGACUAAGCUGGAAAGGAAGCUGACAAGCACUUAACAAUCUCCAGUUACUGGCAGUUUGCCAGGCAUCCACGUCUCCAUGACCUCAGUGAAAUCAGAUGCCACAGAUGAUCAUAGAAGAAACAUAUAUAAAUAGCUUAACCAAAUUGAUUUGAUAGUUUGCACCUCUGUAAGAUGUCACUUUUGUUAAAAAAAAAAAAAAAAUCAUCCUCAGAAUUCAUUUACAUUUUUACUGAUAACUUCUGCAAGGGACUGAGUGAGUGGGACCUUUUUAACCUACCCAGACAGAUUGGAGAUGGCACAUUUUCAGCAGGCAGUACUGGGAGGCUUUCAGUGUGGCUGUCGCCAGCCAUGGAUCCAUUUUCUGUUUAAAGAGCAUCAAUCUUUAAUGCUGUUAGCCCAGCAUUUUUCAAGAGAACACAAGAUGUACAUUAAAAAAAUAGUAUGAUAAUGGAUUUAUUUUUGUUUUUUAAUUCACAAGGUUGUUAGGGAAACCAUUUCAAAACCCUUGAAAACAAAAAAGCUGAUCAGAAGUAGAUUUUUAUAACUGCUAUUAGGCAUAGAAAGUUCAUUAAUUAAUUAAACUCCCUUCCAAAUCUGGUCUAUAUAUCCUCUUAGCAACAACACAAGGGUCCAAAAGAGCUUUUACAUAAGAUAAGUCUGAAGUAAAAUUUUGAAAGACCUCUAAAAAGUGAUCAGGAAUAAGCCAAAAGGUAACAAAAAUCCUCAAACCAAAAACUGGCUAUUGUGUCUAGUGUUCUAAGAGAUUUUGUUAAACUUCUUGUCCUAAAAUAGUAUCCAUUGCCCAGAAAAUUUUGCAUUAAUAAGUAAUAUGGUUUAGUAAAUCUUUAUUGCGUAGUGCUUUCUAGAUAAGAUUCUUACUCUUUAAAAAAAUCAAAUUUUAGUGAAUUUGUACAGUUAGUUGCUGAUGAGGGUUUUUUUAACCACAGGUAAUACAUGAAUCUGUUUUGAGGUCUCCUGAAAUCUUGUAUUUCCUUGUUGUAAUUCUGAAUGCACUGGACUGAAGAAAAUCUAAACAGAGAGGAAAAAAAAAGCCUCAAAAAAAAUCUAAGAAACGUGUAAAAACAAACAGUGAGAUUGUUUAGCUAGAGAUGAUAAAAAAAUGCAUCACAUUUCCUGAAGGCUUCAACAGCAUUCAGAAAAUACAUUUGCUGUGUGCAGUGGCUUUCUGUUCUUUCGGUAUGAUUAAUAUCAGUGGUACUACCCCUGAAGCAGGACUUCUGAAAAUGAUGUGCUAUCAUUUGGCACAGUGGGUGGACAGCAUGGUGCCAGAAAAAAAAAUCACAUCACUUUCUAAGAACAGUUCCUGAAAAAAUUGCACUCAAACAUUGUAGUCAUGCCUUAAGAGUCUUAGCUAUUUAUAAAGUUCCUGUUAUUUUUGCCUUUUUUUUUUUUACAGGAACUGGUAGUGCGGUAGGUGCUUCAGUGGUCAUUAAGAAGACAGUGCAGACAACAAGGGAACAAAGAGGACAUGGGUUAAAACAGCAAGAACUUGUGGUUACCUAAAGUUGUCCACAGCACUGUCAAGCAGAUUAAUUAUACACUAAGAGAAACCUCCUUCUUUUGUGUGGCCAUUGUGGUAGAUGCCCAGCUCCAGGGAAUAAUCAGGACUGCGUACUCCACAGAAAAUGCAGAAAAAGUGACGAUGACCCAUUUUUGAGAAGCAGAUGCAUGGGGCAUUGAGACAUAUCACAGAGAGCAUAAGGGAGGUGAGGGGAGCUGCAGCAAGGAAGUCUGGUGAGUGAUGGUAUCUAAAAGACAUUAAGACAUAGAAAAGGAAAAUGGUCCUCAUUAACCUUAGCCUGUAUUAACCUUCGCAAUAUCCCUAAUGCUUUGUCAAAGUAUUAGUUGAUUUAAUUAAGUUAAUCCUUCACCUCUCCCAGUUUAAUGACUCAAGCUGGAAGGAAUUGCAGCCCAAGCAAAUUUCUGUUGAUCAGCUUGGAGCAUCUAAUUGGCACAAAACACCACUAGGCAUAGUUUAGUCAAAAAGCUCAACUGGCACCAAAACUAAACCAAUAUUAUCAGCCUAAAAGAUCAGUAGGCCCCUGGCAUCUCUCUGUGAAAAAAGGUUUUCCUUGCCUAAAAGUGAUUGAUGGUAAUGAUCCUAGAUUAAGAAGAUCAGGAGUCAUGAGCUUUCACAGAGGUGAAAGGCCAAAUGGUGAGAUUAGGAGAUGGCAGUUUAAUUGAGAAAGAAAGGAGGAAAUAGGUGGGAAAAGGGAAGGGGCAGGAAUCAGGUUUAUUUCUGGAUAUGAAGGAAGCAUGACCUACAAAGGUCAGCCACUGAUAAUUUUGGAUACCUCUUUAUACCAGGGUUUGCAUGUUUAUUUCCAUCACAAUUACUCAGGAAUUGAGAGGCAAUCAGUUCCACCCUCUCCUGCAAAGCACUUAAAUUUAGAAUAAAGAGAACUGCAUAAUCUGAAAUGUAUUGAUUGUGAGUGUAAUUAGAGCAAAGCUUUGCUGGACACCAAGCCAGCGCUGAGUUUUCCAGCAAAGCUAUGUUCCUGAGAAUACUUCGUGGAUAGUGUGUAGAAGCAAAACAUUAUAGUUGCUAUUUUACCUCAGAUUAAUAUUUCCCUGUACCUCAGGCUUUUUGAAAGAGGAGAAGUGUUCACCUAAAUUUUCCAGGAAAUGUCAAUCCAGAUCAGUAGAAAGUAGCUCUGCCUGCUCCCUAUGAGGAUCAAGACAAUGUGUGUUUAUCUUCCAACAGCAAAUACAGCUCUUAAAAAAAGAGCAUCAUAGCUCUGCCUUCUUGAUUCCUUUCAGCGUUCACCUCUUUUUAUGCAUUUCGGUUAUUUUCUUUAUCCUUUUUUCCAGUUUGGCCUUUCUUCCCUUCUGCUGGCUUCCUAUCUGCAGGAUCCUGCCAGAACACUGGUCCUUUCUCUUCCCUCUCUUCUGGUUUGUGCUGAGAGGUGUUUCUGCUGUUGCAGAUCCCAUCCUCAAGAUAUGAGUGACUGAAGCUGCUUUAAUCUUCACUUGGCAAAACCACAAGCCCUUUGCUUGCUGCAGCUUGUGCUAGCAGAGGGGUAGGGAGGAGAAAGGCACCUGAGGAGAAAGGAGAAGUUCUGUCCUUGUGGGUCAGUCUCACUACAAGUUUUGUCUGUGGAAGAGUUAUAGCUCAUAGUACAGAUAGACAAACAUCUUUGAUGGAGAAAAUGUCAUUGUUGAUGUACUUUCUCACCCAUCUUCAAAAUCCAGUGCUACCCAGAGAGGGGAAUGUCUAUGAACAGAAGCAUCUUAUUCAGUGGAUACACUUCUUACAAAUGUUUAGAAGCAAAUGAACUUCACCUUGAUAAGCAGGUUUUAACUUGUGAUUAUCAUUAUUGAGCUAAUGUAGAUACAGGAAACUUAGUUAGAAUUACAUUAAAAUGUGGUUUGUAUAAGCAACCAAGGGAUUAUAACAACUUUAACUGAAGGCAUUGUUUCAAUUCUGAAAUGGAUGUAUAGGCUUUGAUAAAUGCAUGAUGCAGGUUAACUUCUAGUCAAGCUGCAGAGAGUCAGAAGGAAUUUCUUUGCAAAAUCCCCAAAAAAAUAAAUUGUCCAACUUGCAGCAGCUUUUGCUUUCAGCUGCACAGGGCUCCAGUUUAUUCUACAAUCUGUCAGCAAAGUUAAUAGCUAUAAAAAGAUGUCCCCAUGAUUCUCAUUGUCAAAGCUGCAUUUGCAGAGAUGGCAGUAAAACAUCACCUUUUCUUUCCUGUUAGCAGAGAACCCUUUCAUUUGUUUCCUAUUAGUUUUUAUACACCUCUGGAGUAAUUUGCUUGUAACCAGAACACAUGGAUAGAAACUGCACUCUGUCCCUCCACUAAACAGGUUCCUAGGAAAUCAGAGUACCAGUGUGAAGGUCAUACAAAUGCACCAUUAAAAAGAUUGCCAACCAAGGAAGAAGGAUUUCAUAUAGAAGAAAAAUAAGACCCCAAAAAAAGUUUUUUUUCUUUUAUUACUGUCAUAUCAGUCUCCAAAUUGCAGGUACUGCUCUACGUCUAAAUGUAUCAUGGUAAUCCACACCUGGAAGGAUAAUCAUUCUUCAUCAGGACUCUGAUGCCAGUUUUCCACACAAGUCUGCCCUGUGGCUAUACAAACCUCAUCUUCAUGGUUGGGAGGUUUUCUCCACAGUUGCUAUCCCUACAAGGGGCACAUGCCUUCUGACUUUGGCCUGACCUGUAGUUUUCCACCUCAAACUCUGUUGGCCAAAGCAGCUCGGUACUGAUCAGGUCUUCAGAUGAUCUGGUCCGUUGCACAUCUCUUAACGCUUCACAGCAGUUCAGCCCGCAUAAACACACGAUUUGCCAAGCAUCAGGUGGCAAAAAGAAAUUUGUGGUCCCUUCUGAGCCACUGAGAUGCUUCUGUUUAUCAACUAGCCUUUCUGAUGGUCAGAGUGUUUUCCAGGCAUCUCUGUGAAUAAACACCCUUUCCUGCGGGUAUCCUGCAAAAUAUCCAUUUCUCUCACUUUUCUGAGAGUCUGGAAUUACAGCCUUCAAUCGCUGUUAAACAACGUUCAGGGCAAAACAUUCCCUGGCAAUUCAGCUAUUAUAAACUAUUUUUAAAGGGCCAAGGAGGGCUGGAGACAACUUUGUGUAAUUCCCAUCCAAUGUGCUAGUAGGCAAGGCAGCCACUGAUGAGCUGGGCUGGUAGGUGGCCAGUAAAACUCAAUGAACAAGUUAGAUGGAGUUGUCUAAUUUUCUGAGUGUUAAGGUCAAAUUCUUUGGUUAUUGUAAUUUAGUAAAUAUAGCUCUCUGAAAAAAUGGGGAAAAUAUUUUCAGAUGUGUGCAUUUGAAGUAUUAUACAAUAGAUUAUAAUUAGUAAUACAUACAUUCUAAUAAGUAAAAGGAAAACAUACACUUCUGUGCUGACUAGUCUGAGAUAGUUGGCUUAGAUCUUAUUAAACAACAGCUGUAGAAGCUUUGACCAACUUACUGAUGCAUUAAAAUAAUGUUUUCAAGACAUGCUUAAAGGUUUUACAGAGAGCACAUGCCUGUAAAUUACUAGACUGUAAUUAAGAAGCUGAUCUAUGGAAUAAAAAUUGUACACCUGUCCUAUUUAUAUUUGGAUGUAUUACGUGACAGAAUACAAAGUAAAAGAUUGCUGAAGUACAAUUUAAAAAAAAAAUACCAUGAUCUGAAUGAAUAAAUACCUCUCAGAAGCUA